UUAAAACAAUAGGGUAUUUUGUUUUGUCUUAACCUUAUUGAUAUGUAAAAGAUAUAAAGAUUAAAAUAAUAAUGUUAUAUCGUUACAACUCCAAUCAAAUAUAUUGUAAGUUGAAUUAUAAUCUUUCAAAAUGGAAUUGGAUGAUAUUGAAAUGGACACAAGUAGAUCAAAUAAUGAGAUUGUAUAUGAGAACUUAAAGAUUUCGACCGACAAUUCCGCUACCGAAUCACAGUCAAAGAAAACUGAAGAGGAACAUUAUGAGACAUUAAAAUAUGGUGAUUAUGAUAAAAGAAAAGUUGAAAGUGGAGAUGACGACACUGUGAAGCGACUGAAAUAUGUGAUUUAUGUAUUGAUAGUGUUGAUAAGUGUUGUUUACAUCACUCUUAUCACGUUAGUCAUUGUACUGUUCGUUCCGAAAGAACCAGUCGACGGUCGUUGGGCACAAUGGACAAGCUGGACCACCUGUGACGUAACGUGUGGUAAUGGAAAACAUCUACGGUUAAGAACAUGUACAAAUCCAGUGCCUAUGAAUAAGGGAAGUAACUGCAUUGGAGAAAGUUUGCAGAGCAGUGAAUGCUCAAAAGACAACUGUCCAGUAAAUGGUCAAUUGGCACACUGGUCAAGCUGGACUUCAUGUGACGUCACAUGCGGAAAAGGAUCUCGUCAACGUUCGAGAACAUGUACAAAUCCAGUUCCAGCUAAUGGUGGACACGAUUGUACAGGAGCGAUAAGAGAAACAGAUGAAUGUUCCAAUGACGCAUGUCCAGGUCAUUGCAUAUCAUUAUUUCAAGUCGAUGGUCAAUGGGCAUAUUGGUCAAGUUGGACAUCAUGCGACGUUACAUGUGGAAACGGAAGGCAACUACGGACAAGGAGAUGUACGAAUCCAAUGCCCGAGCAUAAAGGAAAGGAUUGUUUAGGAGAGAGUUUACAGAGUCGUCAAUGCUCAAAAGGAAUCUGCCCAACAUUCAAGUCUGCAUUUUCUGUCAAAAGUCCAAAUACCUACAGCAACAUCAAUGAAAUUAAUAAACUGACCUUUUCUAAUACUAUUUACCAGUAUGGCAAUGAUUUUAGUAUCUCGACAGGAACUUACACCUGUAGCAAAUCCGGUGUUUACCAUUUUUCUGUUACAUUGGUAAAGAAACGAGCAUCUUCAAGAGUUGAUAUGGUUCAUUGUUUUCUUUACAAGAAUAGGCAAUCUCUGAUUUACAUAGGAGUUGAUCCAACUGACGAUGACACAGACAAAGGUCAUGCUGCUGUAUCUCAGUCUAUUGCGAUAAGUCUUGAUGUUGGAGACACUGUGUUCCUAACUAAAUGCAGCGAUCCAAGCACACACAUGGAGGAUUGGUCCUCGUUUACUGGAUUUCUCCUAUAUGACAACAAUUGAAUUUUGUAUUUUUCCGGCAAAACCAAAUCUAUAGUGUAGAAUAAUCUAAUUUCCAAUACAGUGUUUUGGAAAUUAACAAUGUUUGUCUAUGGUUGUGAAAAAAACAAAUAUUUAGUGAUGACAUUAAAAGCACUUUU